AAUUACUUGUCAAAAUUUGAACUUCAAGCCCCGAAGCCUUUGCCCGAGUCGCCUUCGUUUCGUCGUUAUCCUUGUUCUCCUUGUACUAGAUGCUGAUCUUCUUGCUAAAUGGACGCGGCCAGCCAGCCAGUCGCUGCUGUGCGGGUCUUGCCAGGCCUAGUCAGCCUUCACCCUUUGACUACUGGCGUACCGUUUCCACUGACUGGACUCGCAGCUAAAGCAUCCGACAAUGCUGUUACUUUCCCACCAGUCGAUGGCUCGUGCCUUCAGCAGUCAGAUGCCAGAAUGAUGGCGGCAGUGGCAAAUGCCCUUUCAGGUGUCUCUUCUGAUUUUGUGAAUCUGAAGCACCCGCCGACACCACCUGGCACACUUCCACCGGCAUUUGUGCAAGACCUUGUGCGUAAUCAUCCCCAGUGCUUCAGCUCGUGCACUCAACCUCCACCAGGAACACUAACGCCAGAUCAAACGCUAACAAGUGAAUCGUCCUUUCAAGGCCAGCAAUGUGUAACAGAUCACGAAGGUCGGACAGUAAUGCAAGCUGCAGCUGCACCUGGUGUCCGUGGCUCAAAAAGCCACAAGCGGCGACACGCGGAGUCCUCGCUUUCUGCUGCAACUGUACCGGCUGCCUCUGCACCUUCUGUUGCCGCUACCUCGGCACCUUCCGUCGCCGCUGCUGCUGUACCAGCUCAAGAUGGCGCCUCGAAGAAGAAGAAGAAACGGAAGCAGAGUGUAUCAAGCGAACAGCCACAUGCAGCAGCACCUAGUGCUGCUGUUCCAGCUGCUGCUGCUUCAGCCGUGACGUUGCAGCAACCAACCGUGCAGUUGCAGCAACCAACCAUGAAGUUGCAGCAACCAACCGUGGUGUUGACAAAAGUUGCAACGAAUAUUGCCAAUCAUGCCGAGACUCGGCAUGUGGAAGCAAGCACUGUAUCUCAACCACCACAAAGGAAGGCAAGCCGAAGUAAAUCUAGUGACAGCACAAGUUCUACAUCAUCAGAUUUUGCAAGUAAGCCGAAGCAAAAGUCAAAGCGCAAACACAAUGCUAUCGUUCACCAUGAACUAUCGUCUGGCCCAAACACUGGUUUUACCGCUGUUCUUGAAGAUGUAUUUGAGCAUGCUGAUCGGCACAACUUGUUAUCAGUCACUGGUUCUGCAGAUGGAGCCAUUUCUCCUCAGCUUCUGCUACCAGGUCCCUUUGUAACACAGAUUGGAUCCAAAGUCCGCAAACUUGGUGCGAAUUCCGAGUUGUCAGAGCACCCUGUUGAUGAACUAGCUCGUCUAUUAUGUGUUAUGGACAAGCACGUGUUAGACUGUCUGACGUUGCAAUUGGAUUCCGUUCCUGAUGAUUGUGAUGGAGAGCCUGCGCAGUGGCGUGCACUGGCGAAGGACCGACUGCAGCGUGGCCUGGAUGCUGCCCUGGUCAUGCUGCACAUCAGCACUUCACCAGGUGUGACCAGUAAUGUCUAUCAAGAAGAACACAUUGAGCGUCUGGUGCAGAUGAUUGGACAUCAUCUGACUGCUACUGUUUUUCCUGAGUUUGAUAACUAUUAUCAACUCUCCGGCCACAAGAAAGAGGGCGUUGUUGUAUCCAAGAUGAAGCGUGGACGUGCCAAUGCUGACCCUCACAAGGACAUCAUCCCACUGUACAACAAGAUCUGCGAACUACUUACGUGCCUUGCUCAGUUCAUUGAAGUCCACAAGUUGCCAGACGCAUUGAUUGUGCUGGUGUCGUCUAUGGCAAUUUCUACUUUUUUUGUGGAGAAUGUCAGCACUCUGCAGCUCAGCGCUCUUCAUGUAAUCCGUUCCAUCUUCUCCCGGUACACUCAGCACCAGCAAGUUAUUUUCUCUGAUAUAUUUGAAUCGCUGUCGCGCUUGCCGUCCAGCAAGCAAAGUUUGAGAAGCUACCGGCUCAGUGGUGAUAUUCGUAUUCAGAUGGUCACGGCACUGGUAUUACAGCUUGUCGAAUCAACUGUGUCUAAGCCACUCUCGGUCGCCGGCGCUGCCACCGAAAAGAAGGAAGUGACGUCAAUGGAAGAGGAGUACGCUGGCAGUGCAGCUAUGGAGGAGAGGAAGUUGCAGGUAUCGAAGGCCUUUGAUUGCUCCCGCCAGAGCGUUGGAACAUUCCUGUCGUCCUUCUUGAAAAAGUGCCACACCAAGGAGGAAAACGACUUUCGGCCGCUCUUUGGAAACUUCGUUCAGGACAUACUAGUUUGCCUGUACUCUGCAGAAUGGCCUGCUGCUCAGAUCGUUAUUGACUUGCUCCUUCCUCUAUUGACUGGCGCCGUCAGCAAGUCAAGCGAGAUGUCUACGCGUGUCGUGGCCUUGGAUCACAUGGGCUCGAUUGCCGCCAGGGCUCGCAAGCAGUGUAUGGAGAUGGAUGGUGCAGAGCCCAUCCAGUCUCUUGUGGCCGAGAUCCGUUCUAAACUGGCCGACAGUGACUGUGACCGAGAUGAGCAGGAUGACUUCUUAUUGAGACGUGUGUUCAUUGAGCAACUUCAUUUCCUGUCCAUGAAUGACCCUGCUUGCCGGGUGGCCAAAGACUAUCAUCUAUCACGGUGGUUGUGUCAGGCGUACGAAAAGCAACGGACCCUCUUGACCAUGCCUGAAGGCGGCGACAAUGAGGACUUGACUGCUGCCAGUGCGGAGUCCCUGGUCAUUCUGAACAAGGAGCUAGAGGACUAUUGUGAUUUUCUGUAUGCACUUGCUGCUUCCACUGACGAUGGAAAGAAACCUAAGAGGUCCAGGGUUGACCUUACCUCUGAGCAACUGGACAGAAUUGGUCAACAUCUCGUCAAUGACACUGUCCAUACCUUUGAGUACUGCCUAGUGAAGAUUUUGGUGGAGCUAGCAGAUGCUGCUGCUACAGUGCGAACUAAAGCCAUGAAAGCCUUGUCGGUGAUCGUCAACUGCGACCCUUCAUUGCUUGCCAAGGAGGAAGUUCAGAAUGCUGUACAUGCGAGGCUGAAAGAUCCUUCGACAAGCAUGCGUGAGGCUACUGUUGAUUUGAUUGGAAAGUUUGUGCUGCUGAAGCCAGACCUGACGCUCAACUACUAUCGGAUGCUCUCCGACAGAAUAUCUGAUGCUGGAGUUAGUGUUCGCAAGCGUGUCAUCAAGACGAUGCGUGACAUUUGCAUUCAACAGCCCGAUUUCAAACACGUUCCUGACAUUUGUUUGCUGAUGAUCCGCUGUCUGAAAGAGGAAGACAGUACAAAGGCCCUUGUUCGUAAAGUGUUUGAAGAAAUGUGGUUCUGCCCGUUCACAUCGAAGGAGCUUGAAUCGACCACCCCAUCUGGAGUUGGGGAUGGUGUCUUGCUACGCGUCAAGAACAUUGUGAAGGCUGUGGCCAUCAGUAGCAAGGACACUCAUGAGUGGAUUGAGAAGCUACUGAAGAAGAUGCUACGUGUAGAUGAGGAGGAUGAGAAGAACACUUCGUCUACUAGUAUUGCUACUACUAGGGCUGUUUGUCAAACCCUAGUCGACUGCCUUGUCAAGCAUAUGCUAGUGAUCGAGGAGACCUCCUCGCAAGAGAAAUCAAGCAAGUCAGCGAAGGCCGCUCAGCGACUAGAAUCAGACCAGUUACUUCCCUGCAUUUGGACGCUGUGUUUAUUUGUUCGUGCUGACCCACAUCUCGCAGUUUCACAUGCUCCAAGCAUCCUGCCCUAUUUGGACAUGUCAUGGGAGAAUCCAGUCAGCAUUCAAUUGUCUUGCUAUGUGUCUGAGAUGCUUCAAGCUGUCUUGCCCCUGUUGGAGCAUCCCAGUCCAUCAUUCCUUGCCAAUAUGGAGGAGCGGCUUGCUGAGAUGAUGUUUGUUGCACCACAGGCACCUAUUGUUCCUGCCAUUGGAUGCCUGUCGGUGAUUGUCAACAAGGUGACACACAACUACAAGUUCAUUUAUGAGACUUUCCGCAAGUUCUAUGACUUUCUGUACAGCUCCUGCAAGCAGCCAAAUCUUCUUACGCAGGGCAAUCGCCGCGCACUGGCACUACGCAGUGUCCUGUGUGUGGGUGCCUUGUGUCGCUAUUUUGACCACUCCGCAGUUCUGAACGUCAAUGGAGAAAUUGCGGACAUAACUGAAAAGGUAUUCCGGUUACUUAUGGGCCUUGUUCAGCGAACAGAUGGGCCCAUUAGGAUGAAGUCUCUUGCUGCUCUAGGUCAUUUCUUUAUGGGCAAGCCAGACAUGAUGGUGCGGCCGGAAAGUGAGAAGUUGUACACCUCCUUCCUCGACUCCAAAGCCAAUGUUGAGCUUACAACGCAGGUUCUCCGGAACAUGAGCAUGUACCUGGCAGAGGAUGAAGUGCACAUGACAAAGCAAGCGGAAAAGAGGAAAGCAGAGAAGAAGCAAAAAGCAAGUAGUCAAGAGAAUGGUGACGCUGGACAAAGUGACAAGUUGGUCAACUGGGACAGCCAAUCACAUGUGAGCAGUUCCAUCGCACAAGUAUACCUGAAGUCCAUCACAUGCUGCAUGUUGCACAAGGUGAAGGAGGUUCGCUCUGCCGCACUGCACGUUAUCGGCCUGGUCUUCUCACAUGGUCUGGUACAUCCGUACGAGUUUGUUCCUCACCUCAUUGCUAUGAACGCAGAUGUUGUGGAGGACAUUCGUGUGCAAGCAAAACAGCAGCUCGUUGAGUUUGACAAAAAGAACCCUGGCUUCUUGUCGACCGUAGCCUUCCGUGGCUUCCAGAAAGGGUAUGAAUUGCGCUCCACAGUAUCACAGGAUGACCGGUCCUUGAUGCGUGGUCUCGACCAUGGCAAGCAGUAUGCGUUGUUGAGUCACGUGUACACGCUUGUGCGUGGCAAUCGGCAGCAACGUCGUGGCUUCAUCCUGUCACUGCUCAGGAUGUUCCAGGAUCCAAAGGUGAAUGGCAACCUACCACUGUUACUCUUCACAGCAGAUAACCUUGCUGGGUUUCCAUACAGUCUUCAAGAGGAGCCAUUGUUUGUUGUACAUCAUCUGGCCAAGAUCUCGUCCAUUGCUGCCUCUGAUGCAAUCCAGCACUUUAAAGAGGUCAUGGGAGUUGGUAAGCAACAAGAGGAUGAAGAUGACUGGCUGGAUGUUGAGUACCUAAAAGGUCGCAGAGAAGGUCGCAUGGACAAAUUGCGACAAUGCUAUGCCACUUCCAAGGGAGCAAUGCUUCUCCUCUGCUUGAAGGAACACCUCAAGGAGCUCUACGGCUUGAGCGAUGCGAAAUGCAGCCAGUAUGCGCCAUCAGACAAAAUCAAGGGGCCAGAGAAGCCAUCCAAUCCCAGACCUGGUGUGACCUUUCAUCCUGCCACCAUUGUUUCUUUGGUAACUGAACCUGAACUGGUGCAGGCACAACUAAGCAAAGAUGACAUUCUCCUUCACUUCAUUCAGCUUCAUCGGACAAUGUCUGCAAUAGAGCGUGCAGAGGAUGAGCAAGGCGAUGUGGGUGUGGCCGAUGAAGAUGACCACAGACCGCAAGCAACGGUAGCCGCCGCAUCCGCAUCAGUGCAGCCAGGUGGCGAACCAGCAGUAAAUGGCAUUGCCUCUGAGGAAAUUCCUGCUGCUGCUCCUCCUGCAGCAGUGGCAGCAGCUCCAAUAUCUCGUCACAGUCGAAUGUCCAGAUCAGAAAGUUCUAACAGUAAGAAGAGCACUGGGAAGAAGAGAAGGAAACGAGAUUCAACAAGUGAUAGUGAUGCCCAGUCCGUCAAAUCCGCCUCAUCCCGUGGUGUUAUGAAGCGCAAGCGCCGACGCCUCUGCAUUGUCGACUCUGAUGAAGAGGAUGACGACUCUGGAACUGAAUAUCUUCCCUAGUCUGGUCUCUCUGGAGGCAGAAUCUUAUACUGACUGAUAAAAAAACAUGUGCCAACCAUGAAAUGCUCCAUGAAAUUGAUUCUUUGUCAUGCAUGCUAUUUAAUUUGUAACCAUGCAACUCCAUGCUCGUUUCCAGCUCAUGUAUCAUGCAACGUCUUUACAUAUACCUCAAAGUAGAUCAAGAAUGCCAAAGUUCCCAGUGGCAUUGCUGCUCAUUUGCUUCAUUGAAUGCAAUACAUUGACAUAGGCGUGAGGCAAUGCCAGUUCCACCGUUGAAAAGUCAAUUUAUUAUCAUCAUGCAACAUUUGCUUCCCACUCCCAGUCUCCUGUUCUCCCGAUGAAUCUCCCCUACUUGACUAUGUCACCGGACACUUGUCAUGACUUUCUUUUUCUUUCUCUUUUCUUUUUUAACUUUAGCGCAACAAAUGCCAAUGUAGUAGUCGUAGCAAUGUCUGUCUUAUGUCCGGUAGAUACGUUCGAGAUAGGUAAUAGAUGAAGAUAGUUUUAUAUAGGGUCCAUUUAGGUUGUUACUGUCAUGGUUUGAAGUUGAAGAUCUCUUGCAAGACGAACCGUAGUACGGUGGCUGCUUUUUCAUGUCUUGCUAUUA